AUGGCGCUGGACGGGAUCCGCAUGCCGGACGGCUGCUACGCCGAUGGGACGUGGGAGCUGAGCGUCCAUGUCACCGACCUGGGCCGCGACGUCACCCUGCGGGUUACCGGCGAGAUCCACAUCGGCGGCGUCAUGCUGCGCCUCGUCGAGAAGCUCGAUGUCAAGAAAGACUGGUCGGAUCACGCGCUGUGGUGGGAAAAGAAGAAAACUUGGCUCCUUAAAACGCACUGGACGUUGGACAAAUACGGGAUACAGGCUGAUGCCAAGCUCCAGUUCACACCUCAGCACAAGCUGCUUCGCCUUCAGCUGCCCAACAUGAAGUACGUCAAGGUGAAAGUCAACUUCUCGGACAGGGUCUUCAAGGCGGUUUCUGACAUCUGCAAAACGUUCAACAUCAGGCAUCCAGAAGAGCUCUCCCUUUUGAGGAAACCCAGAGAUCCGUCAAAGAAAAAAAAGAAGAAGUUGGAUGAUCAAUGUGAAGACGACGCCUUCGAGUUGGAGGGUCCACUGAUCACGCCGGGGUCCGGAAACAUAUAUUCGAGCCCAGGACUGUAUAGCAAAACGAUGACACCGACCUACGACGCUCACGACGGCAGUCCCCUGUCACCCACUUCAGCCUGGUUCGGUGACAGCGCCUUGUCGGAGGGGAACCCGGGCAUCCUGGCCGUGAGCCAGCCCGUCACCUCCCCAGAGUCCUUAGCAAAAAUGUACAAGCCGCAGGCGCUGCUCGAUAAAGCCAAAACCAACCAAGGAUGGCUGGAUUCGUCCCGAUCUCUUAUGGAGCAGGAGGUGAAAGAAAACGAAGCUUUGCUGCUCCGGUUCAAGUACUACAGCUUUUUUGACCUGAAUCCAAAGUAUGACGCGAUCAGGAUCAACCAGCUGUACGAGCAGUCCAAAUGGGCUAUUCUGCUGGAGGAGAUCGAGUGCACGGAGGAAGAAAUGAUGAUGUUUGCAGCGCUGCAGUACCACAUCAAUAAGCUGUCCAUCAUGUCCUCGGAAAACCACCUGAACAACAGCGACAAGGAGGUGGAUGAGGUGGAUGCUGCGCUCUCGGAUCUGGAAAUUACUUUGGAGGGUGGCAAAACGUCGACGAUCCUGGGUGACAUCACUUCCAUCCCGGAGCUCGCCGACUACAUUAAAGUCUUCAAGCCCAAGAAGCUGACGUUGAAAGGCUACAAGCCGUAUUGGUGCACCUUCAAAGAUACCUCUAUCUCCUGCUAUAAAAGCAAAGAGGAAUCCAACGGGACUCCUGCACACCAGAUGAACCUGAGAGGAUGUGAAGUUACCCCUGACGUGAACAUCUCUGGCCAGAAGUUUAACAUCAAACUUCUGAUUCCGGUGGCGGAGGGAAUGAACGAAAUCUGGCUUCGCUGCGAUACUGAAACACAGUACGCCAGCUGGAUGGCCGCCUGCCGCCUGGCCUCCAAGGGCAAGACGAUGGCCGACAGCUCCUACGGCAUGGAAGUACAGAACAUCCUCUCCUUCCUGAAAAUGCAGCAUUUGAACCCAGACCCGCAGCUGAUCCCGGAACAAAUCACCACCGACAUUAACCCCGAGUGUCUGGUUUCCCCUCGCUACCUGAAAAAGUACAAGAACAAGCAGCCAGGCUAUGUAAGAGACUUGAUCACGGCACGCAUCCUGGAAGCCCACCAGAACGUUGCUCAGAUGAGUCUCAUCGAGGCGAAGAUGCGGUUUAUUCAAGCCUGGCAGUCGCUGCCGGAGUUCGGCAUCACGCAUUUCAUUGCAAGGUUCCAGGGGGGCAAGAAGGAGGAGCUGAUCGGCAUCGCCUACAACCGGCUGAUACGGAUGGACGCGAGCACGGGCGACGCCGUCAAAACCUGGCGGUUCAGCAACAUGAAGCAGUGGAACGUGAACUGGGAGAUUAAAAUGGUGACGGUGGAGUUUGCAGAUGACGUUCGGGUGUCCUUCAUUUGCACGGAGGUGGAUUGCAAAGUGGUUCACGAGUUCAUCGGCGGCUACAUCUUCUUGUCGACGCGAGCGAAAGAUCAGAAUGAGAGUUUAGAUGAAGAGAUGUUCUACAAACUGACCAGUGGUUGGGUGUGAGGCCCACGUACUGUACACCGAGAGGAAACCCCAUGGCCAUAUUAAUAUUUAACUUUAAAAAGCUGUUCUUUGAAAUAUGCUGCUUAAUAAAGUAAGCUUGAAAUGU